CCUGCCGAAUGCUGGCUUAGGACCCCUGAGCAAUCUGCCUUUGUUCUUUGUUAGAUCCGAGCCACUCUUUCUUGGAUUAGCACUACGAGCGCUUGUACUCCAUCCUGCGUACUUUUUGCUCACGCCAUCACAUAACCACCCAGACUUCCACGCGCACAUAGACAUACACGUAUACACGUAUAGUCUACCACCUGUUCUACGAGUAUCCUGCAGCUCUGGUGGGCUGCAUCGGUGGAGACCCCCCGAGGCUCACUCGUUUGGCCUCUGUUCUGGAAAUCUUGCAUCUACUUGCAUCUCAGACCCGUCCCACGCUGCUGGGCUGAAUCAUACCGUUCUCUUCAACCGCCUUGCGCAACCGCCACGGCUCGGCCCGGGCCAUGGAUUCAUACGAUGACGACAUCCGGCGGCAGCAAUAUCAUCCCUCGCACUCGAUUCCCGAUGCUGCUUAUCCGGACGACUCGCCAUUCCGGCAGCAGCAGCAGCUCCAGACGUCCUACAGCCCUGGAGGCUUUGGCGCGAGCCCUUCGCAUCCCUCGCAUGGAAUGACGCCUUUGCCCUCACACGUGGGACCUCAACCUGGAUACCAGCCUCAGCAUCAACAACAGCCUCAGAACCAGGGAACUUGGCAGCCCUACGAUAUCCCCAGCAGCCCUCCGCCUCCCUAUGACCAGAACCAGGCUCCCAGCACAUACCAGUACUCGCAAAUCGAUGCAACGGCUCUCGCCAACCCGGCUACACGUCCAAAUACGCGCGUCGAUGUGACUGUCCAAACGGGGGGAAUAGAGAUGAUGCCGCUACACGGCGCGACAGUUGCCUUGUCUCCUCAAAUGGCACCCUUGGCUCCAGGAGCCUCAACCUCUGCGCUGACGCAGGCCAGCAAUGCUGCUGAAGACCCCUAUAAACUAGACGCGGCAGCUGCGGAGCGCAGGCGCAAACAGAGGCGCCUCAAGAUUUGCAUCAUCCUCUUAGCCGUGCUGUUUAUGUUCUGUGGCGCGCUGAUCAUCGGCGUGGCGUUGGGUGUUGUUAAAGGGGCACUCAACAAAUCAUCUGAUCAUGGUCCUAGUCCUGGUCCUAGUCCUGGUCCUAGUCCUGGUUCUGGUCCUGGUUUCUGAUGUCGAGAAACGUUAAUUUGUCUCCCUCGGCCGCCGCGCCUAUGCUGGCAAA